GAAUCCUAUUGUAGAAGGGAUUGAAUCUUGCGUGCGAAUCAAGUUAAAAAUUUGCGCCUAUUUUUUUCACUUCAAUUGGAGUUCCAACCAUGACGGAAGUGGAGGGCAUUUCUCAGUACGUCAGUACCUCCAAACAAGUGUGGGCCAGUUUCUCGGUGUUUUUCAUGAGUUUGUCCGUGGGAGCCAGUAGCGGGUUUUCAGGGGUAGCUUUGCCCCAAUUGCAAGAUCCACAGCAAUCAAACUUCCCACUGACCGAUGCUCAAGCAUCUUGGUUUGCCAGUCUGUCCACGUUUGCCAUGAUUCCCACGUGCGUUUUGGGCGGCGUGAUGGGUCACAAAUGGGGUCGAAAGCACGCAUUGCUCACCAUAUCGCCAAUCUUUUCCAUGGGAUUCCUUUGUCAAGCGUUUGCACAAGACGUUGUUAUGCUGAUAUUUGGCCGAUUUCUAACCGGUUGUGCCUCGGGACUGGCUUGUGGACCAACUGCCGUAUAUGUGAGUGAAAUUGCUACUCCCAAACUGAGGACCACCCUAGGGGCGGGAAUUAGUGGAUCGUACAACGUGGGCAUGGUGCUAAUCUUUUCCUUGGGUGCAUUCUGUCAUUGGCGUGUUUUAGCGGGGGUUUCAGCCUUGUUUCCUUGCUUGGGCUUUCUAGCCAUGCUUUUCAUUCCGGAAUCUCCCGCUUGGUUGCACAUUGAAGGGGAUGUUGAGGGCACCAAGAAAGCGCUGAAGUGGUUCAUGCCAAAAAAUGGGGGCUGUCCUGACGACGAAUUUGAACACUUGACUUCGGACAUGUUUCUGGAACAAGUUCAAAACAACGAGAAAUCAAGGAGCCAUGAAGUUCGGGGUUGGAGGAAUCGGUGGUCUCAGCUCCCUUUAGCUCGACGUGAAAUUUGGCGACCUUUGCUCGUCGUGAUGAGUCUAUUCGCCCUCCAACAAGCCAGUGGAAUGAGUGCUUUGUCCUACUACGCGGUCAAUAUUUUCCAAGGGGCAGGAUCGAGCAUAAAUGAGUACGUGGCCACCAUCAUCUUUGGUCUCACUCGAUUGGUCAGCCAAAUCCUGGGAUCGUUCUUGCUCAUUCGUUUCAAACGACUCCAUUUAUUGACGAUUUCCUGUGCCUUUGUUUCGAUGGGAUUCUGCAUUUUGGCCACAUCGGCCUACUUGAAUAACAAAGCUUUGGGCCAAUCCUCGCUUGAUGUUGACGGACAUUCGGGGGAUUUCUCACUUCUUGGCGUUCUUCCAUUGAUCGGUGUCAUGAGUGUGGCUUUGGCUUACCACAUUGGAUUAGGACCCAUUCCGUGGUCUUACACAGCCGAGCUUUUCCCAGUGGAUGUCCGAUCGUUCAUGAGCGGCGUGUGUAAUUGCAUCGGGAACACGUACAUCUUUAUUACGGUGAAAUCGUUCCCAAGUUUGAUUGAUGCGCUGAGGUUCCCCAACUUACCCAAUGGAGGAGGCCCUGCAGGAGCCUUUUGGCUUUUCUCCGGCAUCUCGUUAUUGACUAUUGUCUAUGCAGCACUUUUCUUGCCAGAGACCAAAGGCAAGACUUUCGAAGAGAUCAGCCGAGGGUUCCAAAAGACGAAUAAGCGGAAAAGACAUUCAGAGGCCAGUAUUGUACUCAAUUUGUAAGCUCAAUAAAGGAAGAAAGAUUUAGCCAA